GACGCUGCAGCCGGCCGAGGCUCGCAGUCGCCCCGACGACGCUCGCCGACCACCACCAACCCCCGCCAAGUGCUCAGCCAGCGCUGCGAGCAACAGGCACCACUGCCAACGCCACCACGUGUCGAUUAAGUCGGCGAUGAGAACCGGGAGGCUGCGCUUCGGAGCCCUCCUCUGAGUGCCAUGCUGGCUCUGGCCGUGCCGCUCACGGUCAUCAGCGUCUUCGGACUCCUGCUCAAUGGAUACAUCCUGCUCGUGGUCGUGCUCACAAAACAGGUGCAGAGCGCUAACAACGUGCUGCUGCUGCACCUUGGGGUGGUGGACUCGCUGCUGUGCAUCGUGUUCCUGCUUUUCUCGGCACCGGUGCUGCUGCGGGGCCCAGCAGCACCCGCCCAGGGCGCCACCGCGGGCCCUCUGUGCGCGCUGCACGGCUUCCUCUUCACACUGCUGCACCCGGUGGCCCUUUGGACCGUAUGCGGACUCAACUGCGACCGCUACUACGCCAUCUCGGCGCCGCUCCACUACACCAGCCUCGUCAACACCAGGAAGGUGGCCGUCUUCCUGGCCGCCUCCUGGAUCCUCGCCAUCGCCAUGGCCAUCCCGCCGCUUUUUAUCACCGGCCCUGGAUACAGGUACACUGAGCCUUCAGGGUGUACGUUACACUUCACAGCGCCCCUAGCACCGCCUCCGACAGUCGCCAUUUGGUACUCAGGCAUCUACACACUCUUCACCCUCCUCGUACCAGCCGCACUCAUCCUUGGAUGCAAUCUAAAGGUGUUGAUGAUCGCGCGCUACCACCGGCACCGAAUCGCGUCGGCCAUCUUUGAGGUGACCCUGUCGGCGCAGGUGACCAUCACGCACCAGCGCAACCCGUUCUACCUGCAGAGCCAGUUCAAAGGGCGGCGUGCGAUCGUGACGGUGCUGCAGCUGCUUGGCUCGCUGCUCGUCCUCUACUUUCCAUACCACGGCGUCACGGUGUGGGAGGCGGCCGCCUCGGCCAUCUCGGCGGCCAACCUGACCGCCGAGCAGGCGGCCACUGAGGUCGAGUGGCAGCCGCAGCAGUCGCCCGGCCACGUCGACCCGCUCGUCGUCUACCUGGCUAUGGCGCUCAUUACCUGCUCACCGCCUAUCAACGGAUUCAUCUACGGCGUCAAAAGCAAAGCGCUGCGGAAGUCGUUCGCCAACUUCUUGCGCAAGCAGAUGACCAAGAGCGAGGUGAACCACGAGAUCCAGGCGCGCACGCCGUCUGCGUGCGGGUCGCGGCGGCCGUCGCUGACCCCGCUGGGCCAGCUGCUGGGUCGGCCGGCGCACCAGCGCCGCCUGUCCGAGGUGCUGCUCGAGCCGGCGGGCACCCGGUUCGCCCUGUCGCCGCACAGGCCGCGCCUGCUCAAGCGGAUGGCCACCGAGCUGUCGUGGCGGCCCACCCUGCUCGCGGCCGCGACCUCCAUCGACCUCGACGCCAAGAUGCGCCGCUCGCGCUCCGCCAGGGACAGCAUCGCCGACAUGAGACAUGGACUGAGCUGCAACACUCUGCAGGUUCCGGGCAACGAGCAGGCGGUGGCGUUGCCGGCGCCAUCGAGGCAGCAGUCGCCGCCGAAGAUGCGACAGAGCACCAGUACGGCCAGCUUGCUGGUGCAGAAGGUGUUGUUGGCGCCCAGGUCGGUCUGCGCGUCCAAGACCGACCGGCCGCGCACGCCGCCCCCCGAGCGCGUCUCGCCGCAGAUCCUGAUCACCAGGGCACUCUCCCAGGACCAGCCUGACAGCCCCUCCAGGCAAAGGGAGCAGGACCAAGAACAGGAUGACUCGUCGACCGCGGCGCUCAUUCAGACCGGCGGCAGCAGCAACCCUGAGUCACUUUGUGGGUCGAGUCCUUCAUCGAGGGAUGAAAGUCUGAAUUUGGACCUGGAGGCGGGUACCCUGAGCCUGAGCCGGGCGUCGCACCGGGUGUGCUACUCGCUGGACGACGUGAGCUGCGGCGGCCACCACGCGCUGGCCGCCUCGCCGGCCACCUCGCCGACCUCAACAAGCCAGCAGCCGCUGAGCCUACCGUCAGUGCCAGUGGCGCAGCGCAACGGCAACAGCAGCGGCUCGUGGCUGCGCAACCUGAUCUUCGCGCGCCACCUCAGAGAGACGAGCUCGCCGUCCAGCAGGAAUCUCAUGUCGUGGCCUAUCAGAACGGACCUGUCCAAGCGCAGCGUAACCAAAAGUACCAAAAGUUGUUGUGAUGUUCAUAAUACUCACGAGAAUAUCAUCUAGUUUCUCAGCACUCUGAUUGAACUCGUUUUCUUUACUCGCUUGUGAUUUUUUCGUUCCGUCUUUCGUAAAAAUGGUUUGUAGAGGUGAUUAUAUUUUAAGAUUUUUGUCCGAUAAUAGAAAUCGGCAGAGAAGGGACGGCAGGAAUAAAUUGGAUCCUAUUUUUCCAUUAAUUUCCGGUUCAGUUUUAUGGAAAACAGCAAUUUAAAAAAUAUUUUCUGUAUUUAAAAAUGAGCUCCAUUUUUAAAAAACUUCCAGACUUGUUGCCUUUAAAUUUUAUUCGAUUUUUUUUUAAUGUUGUCUGAAUAAUAUUUUUAGAAUCGCUGCACUGCACUUUGCAAAAGAGAUAUGAGCUCAUCGAUUUUUUUUUAAAUGAGUAAAAAUAGUUUUAGGCUGCGCUAAUAUUUUUCAAGAUCAUACUAAUCACGCAGCGCUUGGCCUAUAGUUUGACACUUAAAUUUUUCGUGGAUCCAAGAAAAAAAUUUUUAAUGUCAGAUUCCGUGAUUUUACCAGAUCCAUUUUUUAUGGAAAUAAUAGAGAAAAAUGGUUUGAUUCAAUUUUUAAAUUGUUUCCUGGCCCUGCCUACCCAAAUUGAAACGGAAACGGACCGAGCUGAAAUGACCGAAAAUCAACAAUUGGCUGUAAUUUCAAUGCAUUUAUUUUAAUCCACGUUAUAAACUCACCCGUUGUUAUAAAUUAAUACAUGUUACUCCUGACAGCGGCGCGUCAGGAUAAAAUUGAUUGAAUUCGCUCGGCAGUGGUUGUGCAGAGCUAUAAAUAUUGCGAAAUAGCGAAAUCAUGCAUGUCUGUAUGUGUGUUCCUGUUGUGUCGUUAAAAAAUGUAACCGUGCACAGGGGUGUGUGUCAAUCAGCCGGCGGGGUGCAAUUACAGUUUCCGGCCGAUUGCUGGCAGAGAGGCAAAACACACACUACUUGUUGUCUCUGGCCUAGUAGUAGCAGCAGAAGCGUCUCGUCGUGUCUCGCUCAGAGCAAAUAAUUCCCGUUCGCCACUGUAAAUGAAUUUAACUCGCUAUCUCUCUCAAUGUACAAAACUCAUCGUGCGCUGAAAUAGGCGUAGAUUAAUGCAAAAUGUACCAUUCACUCACUCACACACUGCGUGUCAACACACACAUGUUCUCCGUUGAACAGGGUAUUUCCAGCCAACUGAAACGCGGAACAGCGAACGAAUUAGUACAUAUAUUUACCCGAUGCAAAUGCCGCGCGAUGAGAACACCUGCGCCUUCAUUAUUGUUGCGCGUUGUAUGAGUGACUGUUGUUAAAACAAGACGGAUUCCAAUCAGCGAGCACACAUUUUUAAACAUCUAAUGUUAUUUUCAACAACGAACUUAGAUUGAUAUUGCAAAUAAUCGCAAAUUGGAUUUUUUGUGCAUUUCACCGGUUAUGAAGUUUCAAUUAGGCUUCAAGUGAAACGUAUUUCAUUGUGACAAAUUGGAAUCCGUCCUUAAAUGAUACUCUACUCGAAAAUGUUUAUUGGUUUUUACGUCGAUUCAUUGCUCAAGUCAUAUUUUCUCAAGCAAUGCGAACAAUUUUUAAAUUCUAUAUAGCCAUAUGAGUUGACUGAUUCAUUUUUCUUACAAUUAGUCAUAACAUCCGAUAAUUGGGCUAUUUUUAGAUUAUCUAGCACGUAAAAGAAACUUUUUGAAUCUAGUAGAGGAAUAUUCAGGUCCGCCAACUCUAUUUUUAUUGACUAUACAGGGCUCCGUAACUAAAACCUAGGAAUUUUAAUUUUUAAAACAUAUCUUUAUUACAAAGAGAGCGAGAAAAAGUUGAUAUUUUGUGUGGACAAUCUAAACUUUAGCGGAAAACUUGUGAAACGCUUUUGACGUCAGGUCAAAAUGGGUCGUAGUAAUUGUUCCGAGUUUAUUUUGCUCGAAUGCUCUCUACCGGAAUAUCCUCGAAAGGAAUUUUCCCAAAUGAUUUGUGAAGUUUCUCAAAUGAUAACCGGAUAUCGCACGACCGGUCAUUGGAAUGGGCCCGAAUAAAUGAAAAUACCCUUGAACAAUUUAAAACGAAAACUCAGAUUUUCACCAAAACCAUUUUUUCAUAUUAGAAGAUAUUUAUUAUCCAAUCAAAAUCAGGAACUAGAUUUUGCCAUACGCACUUCUUCUUGCCGUCAUUUUGUUGCCCUGAACCUCAUUUCCAGAACAUUUGAACUUUUUUAACUCUGAUCAAAUCUCAGGUUCAUUGUCGGGUGCGUGUCCAUUCAUGUGAGCUUGAGUUUGUUUAAAAUUCAGCAUAGAUUUCAGCCUUCAUUCCACAUGCUGGUUGCAUGGCGCGUGGCAAUGUCUCUUCUUUCACGCAACACAAGUCGGUUAUUAAACUUAGAACCUGCGGUACUGCUCACAUUAACUAUGACACUGAAGAGAAAUAAGAGAAAAUGAGGAGACAAGCAAUUUAAAUUAUUGCAACUGUCGUGUCAGAAUUUUUAAAAUUCUUGGAAGUGGUAGUUUAUUUCUUGAACCGUGUGAGCAAUAACCGAUUUUGUUCGGGUAAAGUUAUUUGUUAUUUGAGCAAUGUCAUUUGGGUAUAUAUUCUUUCGGAAUAUUUCAGUUGAAUUUUUCGGCUAAAUGAAUUCGGGCUAAUUAUUAGGCACUGUCAAAAUGAUAGAAAAUGGAUAAAAACGUCACUAUCUUCGCCUUCGCCCUCUGUGUAUUUUAGAACUGUGAUCAUCGUCUUGUAAUUUUCCUUCCGAUUCUCACACUCUGCUCUUUCCUCGAUUACAUUGUAAUAUAUUAUCUAUUAAGGAAAACCAUAUAGCUCUUCUCAAAAAGGGGAAUACAAAAGCGCAAAACGGUUGUUCUGAACAGCCUCAAGUGAGAUUUUAAUGAGGAUUAUAUAGCAUCAAAGAGACGAAUUUUCGCAUAUAAAUCGUCGCACUGUAGACCAGUCAGAAAAAUAAACUCUCGUUGUCGGUACAAAUUGCUUUUGCAAUACACAAUAAACACACUCGUACGAUCGAGAGCGGAUAUUUAUAGCUUUUUCUCGCGUAAAAGGCUGCUUUAUUUCUUCAAGAGAGAGCUUACGGCGUGCUGUUUUACUACUAUUGUCCCAUUCCGGAUUUAAUUUUCCUAUAAUUUUUAAUUUCUGCAAUUAGGUGAUCUCGUUAACAAGUACACUCUCACCUAGGGUUAAGAUUCAGGUGUGUUAUCUUAGCGUCUCUUGGCAGUGUUUCUGAGUGUGAUGUGCUUUAUUUGGAGAAAUACUAACGUGGAUGUUUUACCAACAUGAGUGUCAACAAAAGAUGAUGUGAAAUAAUUCCUUUCCAUUCAAAUAGAGAAUUGUAGACUACACUUUACAUAGCGUGUACAAUAAAUAUACAUUAUACAUGACGUUAUUUAUUUUGAGCAGAAAACGAAACCAAAAAACAAUGCCCGUGAAAUAUAUAAUUAUACACAAAUGUUACCUCGUGAAUCCAAAGAGGAAUUUAAAAUGGAAAGAGCAGUGCUUCUGAGCUGGAAGAAAUCGAAGUGGUGCUUUGAGAGCAGCGCGCGAAAUGUCUAUGAAAAUCGUUCGUUGUUGACUAGUGAAUAUAUAAUAAUGUUGUAUGAAAAACAUAAGAACGGUAUGGAUCAUGUCAUAACAUAGUUGUCCAAAGCGUAAGUGUUGCGGAAGAAAAAUGUGACAAAAAUAUGUGAACGUUUGAAAUAAACGUACGGAGAAACACACUUUCUUCAUGUCUUUCAAGUCUCCGAA